UAAGCAACGAUGUUAGCUGUUACCUCGAUUCCAAAUGACUGUCUGGAGGAGAGGCGAGAGCUCGCGUUGAAAACAUAUGUUGGUGUUCAAAUACAACAUAACACAACAGUCAACCAGAAAAAAAGAAACAAGGAUUACUCAAAAAAGGAUAAGAUGUCUAACAAUGCCACUGCAGCCUCCAGGAGAGGAGUCUUUCAAGAUCAUGGUGAUGGUGAAGAAGAGUCUAAACAACCCAGUCAUAGCUAUAUGCUUAGUGACUUUGACUCAGACCCCAGCACAGACCCUGGAUCUGAGACUGACCCUGACAGUGAAGAAGCAGAGAGUGAAGCAGAGUUAGACAGAGCACCAGACACACAUAAAGAGAGUGCCACAACUGGUCUAGAUCUCACUGAAUUGAGGGAUGUAGGUAAAGGCCCACAGACCAAUGUCUAUAAAGAAGAGGCGUACAUAAGUACUACACACACCCAGCCUAAAACCAACGGAGGGCUCCACAUUCACUCUGUGUUGGAGUGUGGGAGUGAGGUGAUGACGUGCCAGUUCAACAAUGAAGGGACUCUGUUGGCUGUUGGUCUGAGUGACGGAGCCAUCAAGCUCUACGGUAUGGACAAUGGGAAUUUUUUACAGACACUAAGGGACAGCAGCAGCAUUCUGUCCUCUCUACCAGUUACUGCACUACGAUUCACUCUGAGCUCCCAGUCACGUUGUCUCCUGCUGGCUACCUAUGCCAGCGGCAUUGUGAGGAGCUGGUACGUGUGGGGAGGAGAGUGUUUGUGGGGGUUGAGAGACGUGGGGGAGACUGGAGGUGGAGAGGGAGGAGGUGGACAGAGACAGACCCUCUCGCUCUCCGUCUCUGCCUCUGGAGAGAAAGCAGCCACAGGAGGGUCCGACUCAGCCAUUCAUCUGUAUGACCUCUCCACUCACCAGAGACUGAUGACCUGCAAGGCCAGCUCCACAAGAACAGUUAUGGAUGGACAUUGUUUUCGGGUUUUCGCAGUGACUUUUCACCCAGAGAUGGAGAGAGAAUUCAUCUCUGGGGGUUGGGACAACACCAUACAGUUUUGGGAUACCAGACAGCAGCACUCUGUCAGGAUGCUUUCGGGUCCUCACGUGUGCGGCGAUACGCUUCAGAUCGAUCCAGCUGUCAACCACAUCCUGUCUGGCUCCUGGAGGAGGGACAACGCACUGGAGAUCUGGGAUUAUGUCUCAGGUCAGAAAGUGACUGAAGUGCCUCAUGACUACCAAGGAGAGAGCAAAAUCUACACAUGCCAUUGGCUUGGCCAGGAUCAUAUCGUGGCAGCUGGGAGCCAAUCAAAUAUGCUGAGAGUCAUUAACAGGUGGACUAUGACGACUGAGUCCAGGUUGCUGGGCCUGUCCUCGGCCGUGUUCGGCUCGUCCGUGUGUCUGGCGGGGAAGUGGACAGGCCUGAUCGCAGCCACUUCUGGUACCAGUGUGUAUCUGCUAGAGCGAGAUGGUCAGCAGCAUUCCAAAAAGUAGGGCCUCCAAGGAGAAAUUAUGUUACAUUCAACGGCGCCAUUCGGUUGUCGGUCGCUGUGUGUUUAACGCACGCAGAACAUUACGUUUUUGUUUACAUGUCCUGAAUGUAAAGAUGUAAACUUGUUUUAAUAAAUGCAAAAAUUAUAAUAAUUCUAAAACAUUUUUUUUUUUUUGGUGCACACGGAUUACUUAACUCAAAUGUAAGGCAAGAGGUACCAAAUGAUUUAAUGUUGUAUUCAUAUAUUUGCUAAAGCUCUUCAACAUUCAUAUCCUGCAUGGAAGCAACAGUAUUUUGUUUUAGUCUCUCUCUAAACUUACUGUUGUUAAUUCUGCUUUUAUUACUUGAUGUCGAGAUGUUGAGUUACAGAACGUACACUCUUUUUAUAUAUAAGACAUUGAACUAUGUCAUGUGCAGGCGGACACAUGAGAGCAGACUUUUGUGAAAAAAUGUUGACUGCCAAAGUGCCUGAGGCCUGUUGCUCCAGUCAUUGUCUCACAGGACUAGACAACUAUAGGACUUAAGUCGAAAGUUAACUAACUUUAGGGAGUGUUUGCAAACUAGCAGGCUUCAACGUAUCAUAAGAGGCCAUCCAAGGGAACUGUAAAAUGUGUGUGUGAGCAGGAGAUUAGACAAAGAACAAUGGAAUUUUAAAGCAGCCAUAAUAUAAAAAGUGAAUACUUAUCUAAUUAAACUAAUCUAUGUCAAUCAAA